GCCACACGACCAUCGAAAACCACACACGCGACCAUGAUUCCGUUCUGUUUGCCAAUAAUGCAACGUUGUCCGUCUUAUCAUUAUGAUCCGAAAACUGCCCAUUCGCCGCCGCGCCACCGUACGCCAAUGUAUCGUAAUAACCUGACAUAAUUAAAGUUAAAUCGUUUUUAAAGUGACUUGCAUACUGUGCACACACAAAUCAAGCAACUUUUCGGAUUCAAUACAUUCUUCUGGUAAAUUCGGCAUACACGAGACCCGUCAGUAACACGUUGCUUCAGAAAAUAUCAACUUUUUUCCUUGUCACUGCUGUUGACGUAACGUUCCACUCUGCACCAGACGUGUUGCAGUGGCCCGCUGCGUUGCACCUGGACACGUUUACAAAGAUUUAAAACGAGUACUGUGAUGUGCAUUAAAUCUAUGCCGAAAUCAGAAAAAAAGCCGGUAACGUGUAAUUACACACACAGAUGCACGUUGUAGAAGGCGUGAUUCUUUCUGAAUCGCCCUGCCGGCUUGGUGUUACAAGAUCCCUAUGGAGUUUGGAGUGUCACCUGCCCACAUAAAAUCUGGGCUACUUAACUAAUGCAGAGAAGACCAUAUGUACUCCUAAUCCUGGAUUAACUGGCGUAUAAACCCUAGACAGGGCGUUAUAAGAAGCAAUACGGCGCGUGUGUUUACUAUCUAGCUACAACAAUGUCCAUGGAUAUAUUAAGAGCAGCAGUUUUCUUUUUGCUAGAUGUUAUUUUGCUGCAAAUUGUUUGCCUUCAUGUCGUCUCUUCAUUUGAUCUCUUCAUGUGUCGAAGAAUGGGGAACUUUACAUCCUCCGCACCUCGGGGUAUGGCCAGCACAGCCUGCGUACAGUAUGUGCAGGAGAUGGUGUCACAGAACUGUGUGGUGAUAUUUUCCAAGAGCACCUGUCCUUACUGUAGAAUGGCCAAAAAUGUGUUCAAUGAAAUCGGAGCGAACUACAAAGUGGUUGAACUGGACGAGCACAACGAUGGGAGGAGAUUGCAAGAGGCCUUAGCUCAGAUGACCGGUGCCAGGACGGUCCCGCGAGUCUUCAUCAAUGGGAACUGCAUCGGCGGCGGCUCCGAUACCAAACAGCUCCACCAGCAGGGAAAGCUGUUGCCCCUCAUCGAGCAGUGCACUCCCUGCUGUGCCGCGGCCGGCUCCGAAGGCUCGGGCAGCGGACAGUUUGAGUCGGCUAAAUGACUAACCGUUCUUGUAGUUUUUUCCAAUCCCGUAUUUAUGAAAGGUUUGACAGACCUCAUGCUACAAGUUGUACGCUGCUUGAUCAUGACUCUGUCGUUUAUUUAUCAAAGUACAGUGGCUACUUGACGGUCAGACUACAUACAGUUGCAUCCAGGGAUGUACAAUAGUAUUAUUAUUCAAGCCUGCCUCUUUUAAAGCAAGGCGCUGAACAAACUACUUCUCACACAUCUGCACGGUUGUUUUUAUUGCACAGUAGCGUCAUUCAACUGUGAACAUCAUUGAAUACAUCACUGCAUGUGAAUACAUUUAGUUGUUUUUUUAAUUCUAACUUGUUUAUCAAAGCAUUUUUAUGAACUAUGUAUCUGAGAUUUCAAAUGUAGCUGACAGCUGUUUAUUUGUUUUUUUAUUGGGAAUGUUGUUUAAUACGUGGGUGUAUUAAUAAGGAAUCAUAUUGCUGGUCAUUGCUAAGAAUAUAUGUUUAAGGUGCAAACUAUUUUUAAUGCAGUGAAUGUAUGUUUAUGUUCAAUAAAAAUGAACGAAAUCCCUUA